CGCGAAUGCUCCGUGGCGUUCACGGCUGCAGCACGAACUUUCCUCCCUGACCCCGGUGCGUUCGUCAAGCAGCAUGGGGAAGCGCAAGAAGUCGUCAAGGAAGCCCAUGGGGCCCAAAAAGUCCGAUCCUUUGCCAACUACUUUCACAUGCCUGUUCUGCAAUCACGAGAAGUCGGUUACCGUCAAGCUCGAUAGGAAGGCCGGUAUUGGGCAGCUUGAUUGCCGUGUUUGUGGACAAACGUUUCAAUGUGCCGUCAAUUACUUAUCGGCCGCUGUUGACGUUUAUGGGGAGUGGGUUGAUGCUGCAGAUGCCGUCGCCAAGGAAAAUACGGUGGGAUCAGGCUAUGGAGGGACGGCCAGACCAUCAGCAAAAGACAGCCGAGUAGCAGCACCCCCCACGGCUCACGACGAGGACGAGGACGACCAAAGGCGCUACGGAGGUGAUGGCAUAGUGGCGGAUGACGAGUAUUAAGGAACGUGUGCUUCGUAACAGUUCCCUGUACGUGCCAGACCGGUAAUUGCAGGAAAACUGCGCACGGUCUUGCUACACCAUGCGAGCGACAAAGUCAGGUUCUAGGCAAUCAUUAGAUGGUGUAGAACCUGUCGCCAAAGUCGCCCAGGCCGGGAACGAUGUAGCUGGUACGACGUUAGCCUCGGAUAGUCCAUAUUAGAUAGUCUGUCUCACUUCUUUUCAUCAAGCCCCUAUCAGCCGGUCAGUAAUACAGUAGCAACAAACAGUGCAAUUUGAGGCUG